AUGUCUGAGACAACCUGUGCCAAAAUCAAACGACAUUGUCAACCAUUUACGCAUGCAUUUGGUCUUACUCACAUGAAAUCUGCUCUUAUUAGUAUGGUUACUGAAUAUGAAACACCAAAAAUUAUUACUAUUCAUUCCUACUCCAUAGCAUUAACAUGUCGUUUUGUACAGUUGGUUAUUGUAUUUUACGCAUUUGCGUAUUUAAUGUGGUAUAAACGUGGCUAUCAAGAUCGUGAUCCAUCAUUAAUAUCGUCUGUAACACUUAAAGUUACAGGUAUAGGCCGUUUUGAUAAGAAUAAUACAAUAACAUUAGAUAAUGCUGAUUUUAUUAUACCGCCACAAGAGAAUAAUGCUCUCUUUAUUAUGACUAACUUUAUUCGUACUGAUCAACAACGAAAACGCUGUAUCGAAGGAUUCGAUAUCAGAGAUGCUGCAUGCGCCAAUGAUACACAUUGUCAAGCGUUAGGCCCAUAUCCUCCUAAAAGUAAUGGACGUUGGACUGGAAAAUGCCGUCAACCAGAAGGUCGCUGUGAAAUUGAAGGUUGGUGUCCAGUAGAGAAUGAUAAUGAUAAACCUGAACCUAUGAUGGGUUCAUUGAAUUUCACAAUAUUUGUUAAAAAUUUCGUUGAAUUUACACGUUUUGGUAUUGCAAGAACGAAUAUAUUUCAUGAUUCCGUAGCUAUAACUCAAUGUCUUUAUCAUCCUGUGCAUGAUCAACUCUGUCCAGUGUUUCGUGUUGGCGAUCUAUUAAAUAUAGUUGAACCGGAUACUGACGAACGUCAUAAAAUGUUAAUAUCGGGUGGUGUUGUUCGUAUUAAAAUUGAUUGGAUGUGUAAUUUAGAUCUCGGUAAUGAAAAAUGUAAGCCAAUAUAUUCAUUCGGCCGUUUAGAUUCAAGAUCACGUGAUGAACAAUUUUCAUUUGGUUUUAAUUUUCGUUAUGCAUCACAUUGGAAAGUUAAAAACCGUUCACAUCGUACACUAACAAAAGCAUUCGGUUUAAGAUUAAUUGUGACUGUUAAUGGUGAAGCUGGCCGAUUUGAUUUCCUUGUAUUAACACUUAAUAUAGGAUCCAUGAUUGGUGUACUUGGUUUGGCAACAUUCAUAUGUGAUAUUGUUGCAUUAUAUUUUUGUAAGCAAGGUUCAAUUUAUCGAAAACAAAAAUUUCAAACUGUAAAACUAGCGUCAACAGCAUCAUUAUCAACAAUACAGAAACAUUUGACAUUAAAUGAUGAACUAGAUAAAAAUAACCAACCAAGAAAUAAACGAAUGAAUAGUCAUCUACCUGCUGGCGAUGAAUGUUAG